CCCUUUUGAUUGGAUCUUUUCUAAAUCUGCUUAGUGUCCUUCAUAUUGAACGUGGUGAUUUUUCAUGUUCAGAAAGUUUAUAAAUUUGCUAAGACCUGGCCAGUUCUUUAAUAUCCUGGAAGGACAAGCUACGUGUGUGGAAUCAGAAAAUAAAUGCCUCCGGCCCAACAUCUGGCACAGUUUAGAAUUUUGGAUACUUUAUUGACCUCAUAUUGAAAGUAGACUGUAUAAAAAAUUAUUUCAACUUUUCUUUUCGUUCAUUGUUUUUUUUUAUCUUUUUUCUUAUCUCUUGUCUUGAAACACACAAAAAUAUUUAGUUCUUACCUCUACGAUGGAGGGUAUCCACUUUGUUUACUUAUGUUGUUUAUGUAAACAGAGUGUUAAUUGUUUUGUGUAAACAGAAAAAUAUAUUUAAAUGAGCUAACAUAAUUUUUGUUCGCAUGUGCAAUGUCAUUUCGUAAUUUGUUGUAAGCUUGUCGUUUUCAAAAAUGGUGAAAAAUAAGAUGGAAAUUGUCGCUCUGGAGGAAAAAGAACUUCACGGUUCACAAGAUCAGGGUUCGAAAAAAUGUUACGCAUUUAUUGUUUUUGUACUCUUGGCAUCAUUGAUAACAUUUAUAAUUGGAGUUGUUCUAUUAAAUCGAGAUCCAGAUUGCACUGCAAAACCAGUGAAACAGACAGCUACAUACCACGCAAUUAAAGAUUUAAAUGACUAUUGUAAAGCUUCGCCGGAAGCCGAACGAAUUCAGUUGAAUAAUUUUUUACAGAAGUGUCAAAAACUUUACUUUAAAAUAUAUCCGCACGAAGAAAUUGUUUUUAACCUGAAGAACGCAAAUCAAGAUCAACUGAAUGAGAUAUCUCGAAAAUUUACUCCCUACGUUCCCACACCACAAUAUUUAAAAAGUAUCGCAGACGAAACGCAUGCGUUGAUCGAAGAAGUUGAGAAGUUGAAACCAAAUGAAGACUUGAUGAAACCGAAAGAAAGUCAAAUAUUUGAUGAGAUCAAAAUAUUUCUGGAUCAAUUCAUGGCGUCUGUGUAUGAUAUUGAUUUCUAUGGAGGAGACUGGAUGUUCGGACCAAAUUAUUUUUGCAUGAAUCGCGUAUGUUAUCUGCCACAUGAGGUCAAUAGCUUAACGUUGUAUUUUCGUCCGAAAUCAUUAUCGGAUGUGAAGUUUCUUGUGAAAACGCUUCAAGGGUACAAACAAACUUUUGAGCAGUACAUAGCAAAUAUGAAACAGGGAGUAAAAGUUGGUAUGGUUAGAUCGAAACUCUCUUGUCAGUCAGGAUCAGAUGCCUUAAAGCAAAACUAUAUUGAUGUCUUAGAGCAAAGCCGAUAUCCUUGGUUUUCCAACAACAUCAACAGUCGAGAAUUCUACAAAUACCUUCCACGAACAGACAUAGCAAAAUGGAAACUAGAACAUAACAAUACAUCAGUGCGGGUCUCUCUCAAUAAAGCUUUAGAAGAUGGAUUUUCCAAACCUUUCCGUAAGCUCUACAAAUAUCUAACUGAAGAACAUAUCACACAUUGUCCACCAGAUGAUGAAGCCAGUGGAAUAUCAGUUCUCCCAUUGCAGUAUGUAUAUGUAAAUGGAAAAGCAAUGAAGGACCAGCCAACAACGCAGAAGCUACCAAUCACAAACACAAAACUGGAUGGAAAUGACUUAUAUAAAAAAUUUGUUAAACGUUUCACCACCACUAAUUUGACUCCAUCCGAAAUUUUUAAAGAAGGAGAAAACCAGCUUAAUAUCUUCUAUCCUCAACUUGUUAACCUGACAAAAGAAUACACGAAAAUUAACGAUGAAGAUAAAGCUGUUGAAAAAAUGAAAGCUAUUAUGGAGGGAGAUGCUCAAUGGCACGCGUUCAACUUUCCAGAAAAUGAAAGUAACGCACAAGCGCAUGCGCGAUGUAAUAGUCCUGAGAAAGCUAAGAAAUAUUGUCCUGUUCGAUGGAAGGGAAUAAAAAAAUGGGGAAAUUAUCUCAAUCGUAUUCUCUCCAUGAUUCAUCCAAAGUUAUAUGACGCUUUUCAUUUCACUGGUGAUUUUAAUUCUGUUCCGAACUGUCCUGUUUUGAUGACACCGCAUUACAAUCCUUCAAAUGGAGCCAUGUAUUUUGACGCGAGUGAUGCUGAAUGCUCACAACCCACACAAUACGGGUUACCAUUUUUCUUGGAAAAAUAUGGUCCAAGGUUUCAAGAAUGGUCUGUGAAUGGACAUGAAGCAAGACCUGGUCAUCAUUUUCAAUAUCAAGGAUCAGUUGAAUUAUUCUCUAAUCCUUGCACUGAUGGGCUAGAUUCAUUUUUUCAUCAAAAAGGAUAUUUUACUGGUUUUAUCGAAGGAUGGGCGCUGUAUGGUGAAAAUCCAGUGCUUUCACACGAUGUUGACUUGUAUAAGGAUAAUAAAUUGCAAAAGGCUGGCAUGUUAAAGUGGCAGGUAUGGAGAGCGGUCCGUCUUGUUGUUGAUACUGGCCUUCACUUCAGAGGAAUGAACCGAAGUUGGGCGCUACAGCAGUUUGAAAAAUAUGCAUGGGAUAAAACAGAUUUUGGGAGAAAAGAGGUGACCCGAUACAUGUCGUGCCCUGGUCAAGCUACAGCCUACAUGAUCGGUCGAUUGGCUAUUUUGAAAGCGAGACGAAAAGCUGAAAAAGAGUUGGGAUCUGAUUUUAAUUUAAAGGACUUUCAUUAUCAAGUAUUGUCAAUUGGCCAAGCACCUUUGGCUUAUCUUACCAAGCACAUCGAUCGAUAUAUAAACUGCAAAAAAAAUCCUUCACAAAAAUAUUGUGAAUACCUCCUUACUUCUGUACGAAGUAUUCCAAAAGGCGAAAAUACGACAUUGUCAGUUAAAAAGAUGGUUAAAACGCAAUUCUCAAGACCAUACAGACAUUAUCUUUGAAAGGGCGUGGUCGUAAUAAUCUAUUUUUAAUCUGGUCGAUAACAAAGACAAACUCAAAGAGCAACAGAAUUGUGAGAUUCAGUUUUACAAUUUUUUAUAUUCUUUUUUGUGCUAAGCACACGAGUGUAAAUAAGUUUAGUAUAAAUUUAGAGAUAGAUAAGCUUGUACAAUAACAACAUAUAUAGCGAAAGAUAUUUUCACCUUCAUGCA